GGCUAAAAGAGCCAUCUGCAGAGCAGCUGCUACCCUGGAAUUGUUCCGGAGCUCCCUGUAACUCGACAGCCUGUGUGAGGCCCCUACUGCAGAGGUUCUAGCCAGAGAGAUACAUUCUUGGUCAGUGUGAUGGAAGAGUAUCAGACCAAUGACUCUUUUCAGCUUGAACUUGAAGAUUUCAUUAGAAAGCAGAAAGCCAGAGGAUUACAUCCAAAUGUCUGCUUCAGAAAGAUGGCAGAGGACUCUGUUCACCAAGAGAGAGAUGGCGUCAGGCCCGGAGCUCCAAUGCCCGGGUUACCAUUCUGGUUCAGAAACUACUCCAGACCCUCUCCUUCCUAUAAAAGGCUGACAGGGCAAAACCAGGCACCUUACUGCAGACAAAGACUGGAAUCUCUAAAACAUUGUCUUAAAAACCGGCCAGUCAGUCAAGACCGAAAGGAAAGGACAUGGCGUCAGGAGGAAGGAGGAGCUACCACUCAGGAGCCAGAGAUGCCCAAGGGGAAACUCUAUGGAGUAAGGGGUUCAGGCACUGAAGAUAGCCUCAGCAGAAGGAAGGUCUCAGCAGAGCCACAGGAUACACAGAAGUCUAGGCACAGAAAGGAGAACCACCAUAAUGGGAGAGACUCCACCAAAGGCAGACGCCGGUCCCACCAAAAAAAGAAGGAGCCGGAGGAGAGGGAUUUGUGGGAUGAAGCUAUCUUGGGCAGUCGCUACUGA